CUGUGCCCUGCCCCACGUCCUAAUUUGAGUCUCUCGCAGCGUGUGUGUCGCUGUGCUGCCUGUCCCUCCCAGCGUGAAUGUGUGCUCCCUGUUGCUCGUCAGCAGCGAGCAGGGCCGCUAUCAUCCAGCCAACCUACAGAGCAGCCAGCUGCGGGAGGAGCAGGUAGAGGCAGCAGCCUAAAGCAAACCGGCAGGGCCAUGGGAGGUGCCGGGAUGGAGAGCAACUCGCACGGUGGGGGCGACGCGCUGGAGGCGCAGCCCAUCCUCGACGGCGUGGUCGGCCGUAGCAGCGGCGGCGGCGGCCACGACGGCCUCGAGCCAGUCACGCUCAGGGCCCGGCUGCGCAAAUUUGCAGCAGACCCGCUGGUCAGGGCGGCAGCUGUGAACCUGGCACUCAUUCUGACCUGGUAUUUCUUUAGCACGCUGUUGAGCCUGUUCAACAAGAUAGUGGUGGGCAAGGAGCACGGGCUGAUGGGGUUGGGGGCGUUCCCAGCCCCCUUCUUAAUGUCCAGCGUCCAGUUCUUCUGCCAGUUUGUCAUCGCCCACGCCCUGCUGAUGUCGGGCUGGGUGCGUCGCAAGUCGGACGGCAGCCAGUCGUGGCGCGACUAUGCACGCAAAGUGGUGCCCAACGGCGUCGCCACGGGGCUCGACAUCGGCUUCUCCAACUACUCCCUGGUCUACAUCACCCUAUCCUUCUACGUCAUGUGCAAGUCCACCACCCCGCUCUUCCUCCUCGUCUUUGCCAUCGCCUGGGGCAUCGAGAAGCCCAGCUGGAGCCUGGCGGCGGUGGUGUCUGUGAUCACCGCUGGCCUGCUGCUGCUGGUGUAUGGGGAGACCAAGUUCCACCUGGUCGGCUUCCUGCUGGUCAUGUCGGCGGCCAUGCUGGCGGGCCUGCGCUGGACCAUCACGCAAGUCCUGCUGCAGGGCACGCCCGAGUCGGGCGGCGCAGCGCACGGCGCCAAGAAGCACGGCGGCCCCGUGGAGGUCCUGUACCAGCUGACCCCCGUCAUGAGCCUCACCCUGCUGCUGCUCAGCCUGGGCCACGAGAAGCUGUGGGAGCGCCUGCCCGCCUCCCCCUACUUUGCCACGGUCGGCAUGGGCCUUCUGUCCUGCCUGAUCAUCUUCGGCGGCGCCAUCAUCGCCUUUGCCAUGGUGGUGGCCGAGUUUGCGCUCAUAGCCAACACCUCGGCCCUGACCUUCAUGGUGGCUGGCACCUUCAAGGAGAUAGUCACAGUGGCUGCGGCGGUGAUGUUCCUGGGGGAGCAGUUCACGUGGAUUAAUGCAAUGGGACUGCUGGUGCUGAUAGCGGGUGUGGUGCUCUUCAACUACCUCAAAUUCAAGAAGUUGAAGGAGGAGCUGGCGGCGGCAGAGCCCGGCAAGCUGGGAGCUGGCGCGGGCGGGCACGCCAACGGCGUAGCCGCCGGCGGCGGCGAGCUGGAGCUGUCUCGCGCGGGCAGCGGCAGCGGCUCGGAGCUGGAGCUUCACGGCGGCGGCGGCGGCGGCGCGGGGCUGGGCAUCUCGCCACGGCACGCCGGUGGCGGCAGCGGGGAGCACCAGGUGCUGAUGCUGGGCACGCGGCAGGCGUUUCUGGUGGAGGACGAGCAGCUGCUGCGCGAGGCAAGCGCUGGCUCGCCGGGCCAGCUGUGGCGCGCCACGCGCAUGCGCACCCGCAACAGCAGCCCCAUGGCGCUAGAUGAGCAGCACAGCGCGUAGCCUGCUGCUCCCUCUGCCCUGCAUGCUGAUGCAUUGUCUGCUACAACCUGUGUUCAAUGCUGCCACACCUCUGCACACUGCUUGGGGUGCGCGCUCGUGCGCCCCGGCGCGGGCGCCCCUCACUUUAUUGCCCCUAUUCCUCUGACGCUGCCCGUUUAUGUUUUCAUUGAGAGAGACAGACC